UGAAUGCAAUGAAUGAGGACAAUAAUAAAAGAAAGAAAAUAAAGUACAUAUAAAGUAUAGAGUGUACCCGCCUAGACGCUAGUAUAUGCAAUUUGUGGAGAAGAGAUGAUGAAUGAAGAAAGGAUGGGGAUGCGAAAAAUUGGUAGGAAAGGAAGUAUGGCAAGAACAUGGUUGGUGAUGUCCAUGGAGGGGAAGAGAGAGAUGGUCGAGGCUGGGAGACCAUUGAUAAUGCGAUGGACUGGGUUAACUGCCCGUGACCUUCGAGUCCUUGAUCCUUUGUUGUCAUACCCUUCCAUGAUUGUGGGGCGUGAGAGAGCAAUGGUUUUGAAUUUGGAGCAUAUAAAGGCUAUCAUCACUGCUCAUGAGGUUCUCUUGCUCAAUUCUACUGACCCUUCUGUCAUGCCUUUUGUUAAUCACCUUCAUUCACGGAUUCUUUAUCAACAUCUUCUUCAGGAAGAUCCAUAUGGAAAGGAUAAACGUGGAAUGACCAAGAACACUAUUCCAUUUGAGUUUGUGGUGUUAGAGGCAUGCCUUGAGGAGGUUAUUAGUUCCUUAGAAAAUGAGACAAAUAUAUUUGAACAGGAGGCUCAUCCAGCCUUGGAUAAGCUGACUUCAAAGAUUAGUACUGUCAAUUUGGAACGUGUUCGUCUUAUUAAGAGUCGAUUAGUUGCCUUAACUUCUCGUGUUCAAAGGGUAAGGGAUGAAUUAGAACACUUGUUGGAUGAUGAUGGAGAUAUGGCUGAGUUGUAUCUGACAGACAAAUUGGUUCAACAGAAGUUUGAAAAUUCUUCUACGGCCUCAUCCAUGAAUAAUAGUAUUAAUGGGACUCCUAAUGAAAUAACAUUGGAACAUGAAGAUGAUGAAAAUGAUGUUGACACAAAUAGAGGGGAAAUCUCUGGAACACAGGCUGGUAGUGUCUACAGUCAUGUAACCAAUGUUGAGGAGCUUGAAAUGAUCUUGGGAGCAUACUUUGUUCAAAUUGGUGGCACACUCAACAAACUAUUUGCGCUGAGGGAAUAUGUUGAGGACACAGAGGACUACAUAGACAUAACAUUGGAUGACACACAGAACCGUAUUCUGCAAACAGGAGUGAAGAUAGGCACAGCAAGUGUUGUUUUGAAUAUGUUUAUUAAUGUGACAGGUAUUUUUGGAAUGAAUAUUCACAUUGGUCUAUAUGAUUAUGGUGGGAUGCCAGAGUUUAUUGGGGUAAUAUUCGGAUGCACUGCUGUUUGUAUAAUCUUAUAUGUGUUUGCAAUGGUUUGGUACAAGAAAAAACGCUUGCUGGAAUAGCACCUAAUUCUGUUUCAAAUAAAUAUGUACUACAAGGUUUAUGUUACAAACCAAAUUUUAUACAAGUUGGAUAACUUUGUUUUGACAAAAUUAGUUGGAUAUGCAGUCUUGAAGUUAA